GUUGGAAAAUGGGAAAGGGUUGGGAUUUGGAUUGGGGUUGGGAUUUGGGUUGUCCUGUGAGGUUAUAACUUAUACGGCACUGAUGAGACUUGAUUCCCAAUUACAUCACGUCUCCACUCAGCACUAGACUAGAGUAGACUGAGUAGUCCCUCUCCCUCUCCUGUCUGCACUGACCUCACCUCACCAUUGGAUUUCAUACACUCACUCGCUCUCCUGGUUUUAAUUUUCGGCAAAGACCAAACAAACGAUAGGUGGAUGUUUGGAUGGAUGGGUUGAAACUAUUUACAACUAUUAUUUAAGAUGGAUGGAUAGAUUUCUCACAAAAUAAAUAGAUGAAUGAGUUGAAUGCAAAUUCAAAUGGAAACGCAAUUCUCUCAACUGCACCGCUCUGAGUCGAGUCAGUGGAUGUGGACGUGGAUGGGGACAUAAGGCUUUACAAUUCAGUAAAUAUUAAAUGGGCCUUGUUUAUUUAUGUUUUAGUGUUCUCGGUCUGAGCUUGUUUUAAAAAUGAACAUAUAUACUAGUUAUUUAAUUUACUAGUAUUUUAUUAAUAUUAAAAUAAAAUUGAAAAGAUAAGUGGUAAUAGCCGAGAUGUAACGUGGGUCCUCGGGAAAAGGUUAGAGGGGCUACCAGUAAUGUGGUGUUCAGCGAAUCCGGUCUAAAUGCUUACUCGAUUAGAUAGAUCAUGUCCGCCGCCCUCGACCCCACCGCUGCCGCCGCCCCCGCCCCCCUCCACUAUUAACGAAUUAAUUAAUCGAUAGUAUUAGAAUUACUAUUAAUAUUAAUAUUAGUAUUAGUAUUAGUAUUAGUAUUAUUAAAAGAGGAGAGAUGGCUGUGACCGUCAUCGCCGUGUCGUGUCGUCACUUGCUUUGGAUCAGUAGGAAAGCCCACUAGGCCCAGGAAGCAAAGCCCAACCGAAACCGACGUCGUUUCAGCUGCCAGGGGUCUAGUCUAGUCUAGUCUACUAUAUCUAUUUCAUUUAUUUAUUUAUAUAUCAGGCAGGCAGGCGGGCGGGGUCCGGGAAAUAGCAUUAAGUAGCAGGGCAAUAUGGGAAAAACAAAAAAACGCCGCAGCCAAAAUUAUGGGCGGGAAGGAGAGCCGUUGCUCACUAAACUUGCCAGAAAUGGCGCCAAAGUCUCAAAUCCCUCCUCCUAAAUUAAGCUGUCUCCCCCCUCUCUCUCUCUCUCUCUCUCUCUCUCUCCCAAUUCCAUUCCCAACCAACCCAUACACAUUCUCCAUUUCACACUACAAGUCCCCUCCUCCCCUCACGCUGUUUCCAUUCCCAUCUUUUCGUCCCGUUUGCGCUGUCAGUCAGUUUUCAAGCCACUAAUUCUUCGUUUGCCGCCAUUGCCAUUGAUCUUCCUCCUCCAGAUUUCCGAGAAGAAGUUGCCAGUGGGCGGCGGAGCCGGAGAGAGUAAUAAUAAUAAUACUCUUUUGCUGAGUAAUUCCAUCUUCCGCUGAUUUCUACUCUCUUAGUUUCUCAUUUGCUGCUGCGUUGCGUCUGUUGUAAUGGGGUUUUCGAAGAAGCACAAUAAUCAAGUCGAAGCUCGCAAAGAAUCGGAGGGGAAGAAAUGGGUUAUCGCGGGAAUAGCCGCAGCAAUUAGGGGUCCAUUAAAGCCAAUCUGUACCAAGGCAGCCAGCGAGGAUCACGCGGAAGACAAAGACGCGUGCAAUACAACCCCGACGGCGCGUGAGUCGAGGAUUCCGGAAAUAUGGACCUGCCCUCCCGCGCCGAGGAAGCGCCGGCCGACGUCGAAGCCCAAUGUUAGCGGAGCCAUAGAGUUCUUCAAUCCUCCGGAUUUGGAAUCAGUGUUCCUAUGUCACAGGGAGAGUGAAGAUUGAUUGAGCCUUGAGGAGGGUUAUUAAUUAAUUAAUUCAGCAAAGGUAGGUCAGGUUAGGCUCCUUUUGGUUUGGUCUUGGUCUUCGUUUUCUUCUCUUUAUUUAGUAUUCGCUGGCUGGCUCCCCUGUUACUACUGUUAGCAGUGCAGUGCAGUUGGGUGUUAGAUAGAAUGAUGGGGUUUUGUUUUUACAGUACAACUACAAGUAUGUGUUGAAAUAAUUAAUUGUUGAAUGUAUAAAGACGGUAGGUAGGUAGCUGUUAGAAGGAAUCUUCUCUCUAUUAUCAAUAUAAGGAAUUCUGCCCGCCCA